AUCCGGUCACGCGUAAUUGGGCGUUACUAGAAACGCCAUUCCCAGUAAUAAUUAUAACCUUUGCUUAUUUGUAUUUUAUACUUUACGCUGGACCAAGAUACAUGAAGAAUCGCCAACUAUUUAACUUAAAAACCUUUAUAGUAUUUUAUAACGUAUUUCAAAUUCUUGCUAAUGCGUGGCUGGUGCACAGUUAUAUAUCUGCCGGAUGGUUUACUAAAUAUAGCAUAAAAUGUAGUAAUAAUAAUGAUCUGACGAGUACAAAUGGUUCAAAGCUAAUAAUUAUUACAUGGUGGUUAUUUAUAUUAAAACUAAUUGAUUAUAUCGAAACGUGUAUAUUUGUUUUACGGAAAAAACAAAAUCAAGUGUCUUCUUUGCAUGUAUAUCAUCAUGUGUCUACUGUUUUUUUUGGAUGGUAUUUCCUCAAAUAUAUAGCGGACCCCAGAAUAACAUUUGCGUGUGUACUCAAUUGUUUUAUACAUGUU